AUGGCCUAUUUGACAAGCCCAUCUGCUGGACAUGUUUGGUCAGUUCAAGCUCAGAUGCAGGAAGUAAAUCAGGUUGCCCUCCGUCCAUCUUUAGUGGAUUAUGGCCUAUUUGACAAGCCCAUCUGCUGGACAUGUUUGGUCAGUUCAAGCUCAGAUGCAGCGCCCGCAUCAAAUGGCCAUCUGGCGAUAACAGAGAACCCAUUAGAAAAGCAUUCUGGCCUUUUUCCUUCUCUCUAUCUUCAAAUCUUUGAGGCUCGCAAUUUGAAGCUUCCAGCUAUCUCACGUACAUGUCCAGCACCUUCAAGUCGCGAGUUCGUGCAGCUCAGUCGGCCCAUGCUCAUAGCUUUGUCUCUGUCGAGCAGCAUUUUCGAUAACCUGCCCAAACCUUGGUUCAUAUAUGUAUUCAUUGGUAUUGGUGCUAUUCUCUUCGUUGUAUCUUGUUUUGGUUGCAUUGGAACAGCGACAAAGAAUGGCUGCUGCCUGACAUGUUAUUCAGUAUUGGUGAUAUUUUUGAUCUUGUUAGAACUGGGAUGUGCAGCUUUCAUAUUUUUCGACAAAAGCUGGAAAGCCGAUAUUCCAACCGACAAAACUGGAGAUUUUGAUAUGAUAUAUGACUUUUUGGAAGAGAACUGGAAAAUUGUCAAAUGGGUUGCUCUUGGGGCUGUUAUUUUGGAGGCCCUGGUAUUCUUGUUAGCUCUUUUGGUAAGGCCAGCAAAUAGACCAGCAGAGUAUGAUAGUGAUGAUGAGUAUAUGGGUGGCCCAAGGCAACAAAUUCGGCAGACAUUAAUCAACAACAGGCCAGCAGUUCCAGCUACAGUUGUUCCACUUGCUGGUACCCUUGAUAAUCGUCCCAGCAGAACUGAUGCAUGGAGUACACGUAUGAGGGAGAAGUAUGGGCUUGAUACUGCCGAGUAUACAUACAACCCAUCUGAGUCAAAGAGGUACCAGCAAGCUGCUGCACAACCAGCCGAGGAAAGCAGUCGCAGUCGGUGCACCAUCCUGUGAUAAUCAUCUGUGUUUUGCGGAAAUUGGGAAUUGGGUCCAGUUCUGGAAACUGAUUUUCACUGACUGGUGUGAGAACUGUGUGUGUUCAGAAUACUGUAUCUUUGUUGAGUCUUACAAACCCCUUUUUCAGUAGCUUCACAUAUGUCCUAGUACCCAGUCUUUGAUUUUUUUUUGAAGGACAUCUUUCCCUUUGAAUGCAUAACCAUUUGGCGUGUAAAAUUAUUUGCUAGUGUUGGGUCCCUUGUGGAAUCGAAGACGGGUUGAGGUUUUUGUACGAGGUGGAAAACAGCCAAGGAGCUUCAUAAUGCUGACUGAGAGAGUUUAGCUACAGGUUGGUUCACUUUUGUCCACAUUUAAAUGGCGUCUACAUUUUGCUAAUGUUUAUUCAGUGAGCUACAUAUGAUAACUCAUUCUGAUGUGCGCUUGGAAUUUAAACCAAAGACCGUGUGGCUUAUUGCAAUCUGAAACUUAUCGAUGCUACCUCUUUAUUAGAAAUGGGUUUAACUCUAGAUGAAUCAGGUUAAGGCAAAAUACGAUGACUAGAUAUGGUGUGCAUCGUAGUAGCAUUUGCUAGUUAUAUGCCAAUGACACCAAGCAGGAGUCGGGUCAGGAAGGAAGACUGAAACAUGUUCCAGAUCAUUACGAAUUCUAAGCCAAUUGCGUUAUCUCGUUUGGUGUGGGCAUCAGUUGCAGUUGUUGUAAAUUAUCGAGGAAGGGUACCCUUGUGGGAAUUUAUUAUCA